CCCGAUUGAGCUAAAUAUCUACGUUCCAAAGUGAUACUAAACGUUCGCCUAAGAACCCUUAAAUAAGGAUAAAGAUGUCUCUUCCAGCUCCUGCAUUAAUGUCAUCUCAGAUGAAUAUACGUCAGGAUAUAUUCCAGGAGCUUGUGAAAAACGAGUUGUUUCGGGUUUCCACUUUCCGAACAUUCCCAAAAGACAAUAAACCAUAUAUAAUUAGAUUAGCACAGGCAGGAUUCUAUAGUACAUGCAACGGUGAUGAGGUUGAAUGCCACAGUUGUUUGCUCAGAAUAUAUAACUGGAGUAGUGAUGAUGAUCCAAUGGAAAUCCAUCUGUCGUCAAGUCCUUCUUGUCAGUUUUUACGAAGGUCGUUAGGGUCACACCAACGAUGUAUAAACCAAACACAAUCUGACAAUUCAUUACAACUAAGAAAUGGAAAUCAAAACAACAUCAUUCCAGGGCAAAACUUAAAUCCUGGACUUGAACCACAGAAUCAGGGUAACAGUAACUCCAUCGAAUACGCAGCAGCUCUGUACGCAGAAAAUCAAAGAAUUAUAGACCGCCACUACUGUAUAAACUGUAAAGAACAGCUCCGCAGCGUUGUUUUCAUCAGUUGCCAAUACCCGCACCUUUUAGCUUGCAACGUCUGUGCCAUGCAUUAUGACAGAUGUCCCGUUUGCAACACAAUUAUCAAAGCCUUGUUGUAUCUGCCGCGGUGAAAUGUUCGUUCUAAAGUGUAAAAUAGAACCACAGAAUCAGGGUAACAUUAACUCCAUCGAAUACGCAGCAGCUCUGUACGCAGAAAAUCAAAGAAUUAUAGACCGCCACUACUGUAUAAACUGUAAAGAACAGCCCCGCAGCGUUGUUUUCAUCAGUUGCCAAUACCCGCACCUUUUAACUUGCAACGUCUGUGCCAUGCAUUAUGACAGAUGUCCCGUUUGCAACACAAUUAUCAAAGCCCUGUUGUAUCUGCCGCGGUGAAAUGUUCGUUUUAAAGUGUUAAAUAGGUAAGAAUUACGAUAGGAUCUGAAUUAUUCAUAUUAUUGAGGUAAUCAUUCUAUUUGAUAGAAAAAGGUACAUUGCAAUAAAUCUUUAAAAAAUCAUAUAAUCAAAUAUCAAUAAUGGUAUCAGUAUGUUUUAAGUAGGCUGUCUCCAAUUUUAUAUGCAUUAAUCACUGUUCUAACAUAGAGGACGCAAUAAUCAAAAAUUGUACUUUCUUAAGUAAAAUCUUGUUGUAGUAUAUAGAGGAUAUUGAAUGAGUGUAAGUUCAAUACUUAAUUUAUUGCACGAGUUGAAUAAAAUUAUAUUAUGCGAGCCUCUGGCGAGUCUCAACGAGUGCAAUAACUUACACGAAUUUAAUAUUAUAUUUAUCACAUACACAAAAUAAAGAUCGUUUGAAGUGAAAUAAGAGUCAUUUUUCAUUGACGCGCCUAUAGUAUAACGCUAACAUUUAGCGCGUCUUUACACUACGUUUGUCAAACUCCUCACAGUGAUUACUUCCCUUGGCAGAAUUGUAAUCAUUGCCUUCACAGACGUCACAUGGUGAUGAAAGUCACAUGACGUAACGUCGAAAUUCAAAUGUAAAUAUCGACCGUUACAUAGAAAAUCUAACGUCAUUUUUCUCUUUCUGUUUUACUUUUAACUUUUUGUACCUACGUCCGUUAUACUUUAUCAAAAAAUUAUCAAAAGUAUACAAAAUAAUGAAAAAUAAAUUAAAAAGCUAAAAAAUAUAAAUAUCCAAAUAUUGAUAUUUCAAUGUUUGUGAUGGCAGAGAUCUCUGUACCGAUAAGGGGAGAUCACUGCGUAGGAGAUUGUACGUUUGUAUAACGCUAAUGACGUCACGUCAAAAUAUAUGCACGGCCGUGCAAUACCAUAUUUACGGAGUCGCAAAAUCGGCACGAGUGUGUGAUAAAUUCACAUCACUUUAUCGUUGUUGCAUGGAUCGGUUAUUUAAAUAGCUACCGACGUCUGCAUUGUCAAAAUUUUAUUCAUUAAAAACAAGUAAUAUCAUUGACUGUUUUUUAAUUAGCAUGCUUUUCUAUCUUACAAGAAACGAAUUGUUAUAAAAUUGUCAUGUUCAUUUUUAUACUCUCUUUGUUGAAUCACAAAAAAUAACGUUUUUGAUAAAUAAACAAUGUAAAAAAAAGAAUAUUAUUUUUUAAAAGGUAAAAUACUUUUCUUAAAUUUUUGAAAUAUAAUGCUUUGUAACCCAACAACUAAACAAUGAUAUCACAACAUUUUUUAUUAUUAAUGUCUUACAUGUCCAUGAUUGCAUAAUGAUCCAUAUUUCGGACAUGUUAUUUAAAUUGCUUAAAAUAGCUCUUGAUAAACGCAU